AUGUCGGCAGUCGACUCCGAAUCGAGGCUGUCUGACAAGGACGAGUCGCAGCUGUCGGCUCCUCCUCCUCUCAGCGACCUGGACAGCUCCGACAGCGACAGCGACAGCGAGCCGGCAUCGUCGUCGAAACAGGAGCAAGAGCCCGAACCCGAGCCUGUAGAAUGGCUCGCCACUUCACGGUCGCGGCGGACCACAGCCGGCAACCGCAUGAAGUCGAUGCUGGCCAACGAGGAGCCCGACUCCGACCUCGAGCUGCUCUUCGCCGAGUCCGACAACGACCAGGGCUUCUCCGAUGCUGGCGACGAUGCCUCCGACGUCCAGAUGGAUUCCUCGUCCGACGACGAGGACGACAACAAUGCUGCCGCCGACGAGCUCGAGGGCGAGCGGGAACUGGAGCGCCAGGCCCGCGAGCGGCGCGCGGCCCAGCGGAAGCGAAAGGCGCAGGACGGCAUCCCGGCCAAGUUUAGGAAAAAGGUGCGCAUCACCACGGCCACUGCAUCGGACACGUCGACGCCUGCGCCCGCGCCCGCGCCCCGACCAAAGAAGAAGUCCGAGCGCGCGUCCUGGCUACCGUCACCGGCCGACCUGCCCACCCGGGCGUCGUCGCGCAAGACGACGCGCAUGUCCAAGGAGCAGCUGCACCAGCAGAUGAUUGAGCGCGAGGAGCGGCGGCUGCGGCAGCUGGAGCUGAUGCAGAAGAAGGCCGCCCGGAUGGAGGCGCUCAAGAAGCCGCCCAUGACGCAGGAGGACCGCCUGCGCGAGGCCGCCAUCGUGGAGAAGCGCAACAGCAAGAGCCUCAACCGCUGGGAGGUGGCCGAGAAGCAGAGGGAGGAGGAGCGGAGGGCCAAGUUGGCGGCUCUUAGCCAGAGGACGCUGCAGGGCCCCGUGCUGACCUUUUGGACGGGGCUGGGCGAGGCGAGGCGCGUCGUCAUUGAGGAGGAGAAGCCCAAGAGGAGGCGGGUAGAGAAGAAGGACAAGGACAAGGACAAGGCCAAGGACGCCGGACCAAAACCCGAGCCCGAACCUGGAAAGGACACUAUUACUACUACUAUUACUACGACCGCCGCCUCUACCUCCAACGAUCCAGCAGCCGGCAAGCAGGGCAAGGAAGACCAGCAACAGCCGGGUUCCUCUUCCGACAAGGCAGCGGCGGCGACGGCCAGCGGUGCUGAUGAUGCGGCGAAUCCUCCUACGCUUCAGCCAACGGCAGAUGCCGCCGACAGAUCCCCAGCGGUUGCGCCCCUGAAGGAACUAAAACAGGAAGAAGAGGAUGGGAGCAUGCCUCAACAGCAAGAAGAGCCCCCUAAAACAACGCCAGACAAGGAAGAAGCAGCAUCGUCAGCAACUGUUGCUACAACCACUACGGUUGCUGCCACGAAAGCACCCGAAGAACUGCGUCAACCCCCGAUGCUCGCCUCGCCUUCUCUGCCUCCUCCUCCCACUCCUCCACCGCCUCAUAGUGGCCUGGCUGCACCAGUGGCCGCCUCGCUCUCAGGACCGCCUGGCCAGAUGUCUCCCCUAGCCGCACCCGCCGGCAUGGGCAGUCCACGGCCAAUAGAGGCCGGCAAGCCAUCGGGCGUGCUCGCGCCCCCUAUUCUUGCCCCCCCGCCAGCCAUGAGCAUGGACUAUCGCCCCAGCGCCGCACCAAAGUCCAACGUCCUCGCGCUGCCAUUGCCUCAGGCAAAUCUGGCUCCUCCUGCUCCUCCGCCUCACGUCCAGACGGCACCCGGUCCCACGGCCGGCCCAGCUCAUGUGUCGACGGAGCCCGUUCUUCGGCAUACCGUCCUGCGGCCCAUCAUCCCCGAUCCCGACCCAGUCAGCAAAUCAGCAAGCCCCAGUCUCUCAGAACCGCCCUCGCAGCCUGCCCCUGGCGCCGCUGAUGUUCCCGAAGCCCCCGAAACCACGACUCGGAACGUCAUCAUCUUUCAGAACUUUGAUGAAAACGCCCUCCAAGACAAGAGCAUCCAGACCCAGAUCCUCUUUGGCCGUAAGAUGAACAGACUUAACAAGCCGCCAUCCACUCCAAACUGCAUCAUCACAAACCUGCCAGCUCGUUACCGCGACCCCAAAACCGGGCUGCCGUACCACAACGUUGCCGCCUACCGGGAGCUCCAGCGUCUGCAGCGCGGCGAGCUGAGCUGGAGCCGCAUCCUCAAUGCCUGGGUGGGCAGCCAGAAGGUGGCCGCCGACGGCGUCCCGGCGCGCUUCCUCGACCCCAACGCGCCCACCAAGUCUGCCGAGGAGAGGGAAAAGGAGCGGCUGGCCCAGAUCAGAGCCGUCCCUCCACAGCCGCAGUCGCAGCCGCAGUCGCAGUCGCAGUCGCAGCCUCUGCAGGUGCAGCAGCAACAGCAACAGCAUCAGGCGCCGCCGCCGGCUGUCGUGGCGGCAGCCCACAAGUCUCCCCAAGUUCAGCAGCAUGUGCAGCAGCAGCAGCAGUCCCAGCAACAGGGGGGCCAGAGAUUGUCAGGGCCGCAGCAGCGAGGAGCUCACCAGCAGCCUGUACAACAGGCGCAUGGCCAGCUUCAACAACCGCCAGCCCAGCAGCAGCAGCCACCUCCUCAACAGCACCAGACUCAAACAAGACCAAGUCCUAUUCUCCAACCACCGACACCGCAGCAACAACAGCAGCCACAGCAGCAACGGCCUGCACCAAACACAGCCACCAAUAUACCUUCUCCACAAGCACAAGCCCCUCCACAGCAACCACUCCUCUCAACACCAGCGUCACAAGUGCCGCAAGCAUCGCCAUCGCCCGCCCUCCCAAAUUCUCCUACCCGACAAGGCGCGACUAUACCUCCUCUACCUCAGCAGACGCAAACCCAGCCUCCUGCUGCUUCUUCACUUCCACCACCACCAUCUCAAGCCCCAGUUCAGCCCCAACCUCAGCCUCUUCAGCCUGAGAACAAAGCUGCAAGAGGAGCACACGUGUCUCCGAAUCAACAACAAGUGACGCAAGCAUCGGAAUAA